AAAGUUAUUCAAAAAAUGGUCACGGCUCUUAUAUUUUGAAAUGGAUAAUAGAUAUAGAUCUGCAAUUUUCACGAUUAAAAAGAGGAAAUAAAACCACAUCGAAUCGUUAAUAGCAGAUUUUUCGAACAAAUUGUCUCAGAUUCAUUCGUCAAUUUUCUCAAAUAGAAAACAUUGCGUAUUAUAAAAGUUUUGAAGUUUUAAUCUAUCUAUAUAUAUAAUGUUCAGUGUGUAUGUCUGUCUGUACUGGAUCAAAGGUUAAGGAUCAAAUAAGGCUUUAAGGGGCUAAGGCAGUAAGGGUGUUAAAGGGUAAGGCUAUAAGAUAACAAGGCAAUAAGUGGGUAAGGCUAUCAGGAAGUAAGGCAAUAAGGGGAGUAAGGGAACAAGAAAGUAAGGCUAUAAGUGGGGAAAGCUAUAAAGGGUAAAGCAGCAAGGGGAUCAGGCUAUAAGGAAGUAAGGCAAUAAGGGGAAGGCCAUACGGGAGUAAGGCUAUAAAGGGAUAAGGCUAUAAGGGAGGAACAUUAUAAGGCGGAGACGUUCUAAGGGGAUUAGGCUACAAAAAAUAUAAGGCCGUAAGGCUACAUGGGCUAUUAGCGAUAUAAGGAUAUCACGCCGUAGGGCUUCUAUUUACAUAAUGUCUAGUGUUUGUGUGUCUGUUGCCGAGUGACAGAUUAAAGUUUUGAGGUAGUACGAUAAAGUAAGAAAGGCUGGUGUGUAGUAUGUAGGGGUUCCUGCUAGUUUUCAAUAAUGCACCAGAGUUGUUAACUAAAAUUCUAUAAUUUAUAUAUCCCCUUGGUCAUGAAAAACAAGCUUUUCCGUUUUUCAUGACUGGAGGAUAUAUGUCAAUAACGUUUGUCAGAAUUGGUGGGAAAGGACCGGGUGCAAACUUCUAGACUAUAUUAUUUGGAGAUGGUUUUUCAUGAUAAGAAAUACAAGAUUUAUUAUACAAUAUUAUUUAUUGAAUAGUUCUCACGAAGAUAAUUAUUACGAAAUAAAAAGGCACAGACACUUUGAUAUUAACUACAAUAUAUAAAAUAUAUUUCUCAAUUAUUCUUUUUAAUUUAGACGAAACUCUUUUCAAUUGUACUUUUAAAAAUCAAAUUUCAGCACUUGUUAUCGAUAUUAGUACAAAUGGUCAACGAACAUCAACCGAACAUGUGAAUGUACAUUUAUUUAAACAUAUUUUGACUAUAUUCACUAAUUUACGAUAUUUAAAUCUUGGUCCAUCUUCAAUUUGGUAUCAACAAUUAUCAUUUGAUACUCAAUUUUCAACAAUGAUUUCUUCAAGUCUAUUAGAAUUACAUGUACGUUUGCAAGAUUUUAUCGAUUGUAUUUAUUUACUUGAUGGACGUUUCAAUCAACUUCAUACACUUCAUGUUAAUAUUACUUAUAUCAUGUCUUCAAAUUUAACAAUUAAUAAUAAGGAAAAAUUACCUAAUCUAAGAUUCUUUUCGCUGCGUAGUAAUAGGAAUACAGAUUGUUAUGAUGAGUUAAUUGUACCACUUCUAAAUCGAAUGUUAAAUUUGGAAGAACUAAAUUUAUUUCUUCAAGUUAGUGACAGACAAAAAUUUGUUGAUGAUAAUGAUUUAAAGAGAAAUAUCAUCGAUCAUAUGACACGAUUAAAUAAAUUUAAAUUUUGUAUUUAUUCAAGUAUUCAGUUUGAUAAUGAAUUUGAUUUUCCAUCAAAUGAAAAUAUUCAAAAGAUAUUCAAAGAUUUUCAAGAUAAUCAAAUUAUUUCUUAUAUUGAUUAUUUUCCAAAAGCAAGACAAGGUCAAUGUCAUAAUUAUUCAUAUCCAUAUGAAUUAAAAAAUUAUGAUAAAAUAACAAAUAAUUUUCCAGGUGGAUUA